AUGCACAUGAUGGGGGCCAGGAAGGAACAGUGGGUGAAGCCAAUGGCCAUACCAGGAGCCAAUCAAUAUACCUUUCAUCUUGAGGCCACUGACAUCCCAGGGACUUUCAUCAAAGAUAUCCGAGAGACUAUGAUGAAGGUUGACCUUGCCAUCAAACCAGGAACUAAUGUUGAAUAUUUAGCACCAUGGGCCAAUCAAAUCAAUAUGGCCUUGGUCAUGACAGUAGAACCUAGGUUCAGAGGACAGAAAUUCAUGGAAGACAUGAUGCCAAAGGUUCACUGGUUGAGGACCCUGUUUCCGUCUCUGGAUAUAGAGGUCUAUGGUGGUGUAUGUCCUGACACUGUCCGUAAGUGUGCAGAGGGAGGAGCUAACAUGACUGUGUCUGGCAGCGCCAUUAUGAGGAGUGAAGAUCCCAGAUCUGUGAUCAACUUACCAAGAAAUGUUUGCUCAGAAGCUGCUCAGAAACUUUCUCUUUAUCAAUGA